GCAAGGCACACAACGUGACCGAAUUAGAAAAUGAUUACCAAAGAACAGUACUGAUUCAGGAGAAGACGACACCAUUUUCAGCCAUCAUUAUCUCAUAUCCCAUUAUUGGAUAUUUACAACAUGCUUCAGUGGAGGAGAAGACACUGCUGCUUUGCAAAGAUGACCUGGAAUGCCAAAAGGUCCCUGUUCCGUACCCAUCUUAUUGGAGUACUUUCUCUAGUGUUUCUUUUUGCUAUGUUUUUGUUUUUCAAUCACCAUGACUGGCUGCCAGGCAAAGCUGGAUUCAAAGAAAAUCCUGUGACAUACACUUUCCGAGGAUUUCGCUCUACAAAAAGUGAGACAAACCAUAGCUCCCUUCGGAACAUUUGGAAAGAAACAGUCCCUCAAACGCUGAGGCCUCAAACAGCCACUAACUACAGUAACACAGACCUGUCACCACAAGGAGUUACAGGACUGGAGAAUACACUUAGUGCCAAUGGAAGUAUUUAUAAUGAAAAGGGUACUGGACAUCCAAAUUCUUACCGUUUCAAAUAUAUUAUCAAUGAGCCUGAAAAAUGCCAAGAGAAAAACCCUUUUCUAAUACUACUAAUAGCUGCAGAACCCGGACAAAUAGAAGCUAGAAGAGCCAUUCGGCAAACUUGGGGCAAUGAAAGUCUAGCACCUGGGAUCCAAAUCACACGAAUUUUUUUAUUGGGAAUAAGUAUUAAGCUAAAUGGCUACCUUCAACAUGCAAUACUGGAAGAAAGCAGACAACAUCAUGAUAUAAUUCAACAGGAAUACUUAGACACAUACUAUAAUUUGACUAUUAAAACACUAAUGGGCAUGAACUGGGUUGCAACAUACUGUCCACAUAUUCCGUACGUUAUGAAAACUGACAGUGACAUGUUUGUCAACACUGAAUAUUUAAUACACAAAUUACUGAAGCCAGACCUGCCUCCCAGGCAUAACUAUUUUACUGGUUAUCUAAUGAGAGGAUACGCACCCAAUCGAAACAAAGAUAGCAAGUGGUACAUGCCUCCAGACCUCUAUCCAAGUGAGCGCUACCCUGUCUUCUGUUCUGGAACCGGUUAUGUUUUUUCUGGAGAUCUAGCAGAAAAGAUAUUUAAAGUUUCUUUAAGUAUCCGUCGUUUGCACUUGGAAGAUGUGUAUGUGGGAAUUUGUCUUGCCAAGUUGAGAAUUGAUCCCGUACCCCCUCCCAAUGAGUUUGUGUUCAAUCACUGGCGAGUUUCUUAUUCAAGCUGUAAAUACAGCCACCUAAUUACCUCUCAUCAGUUCCAGCCUAGUGAACUGAUAAAAUACUGGAACCAUUUACAACAAAAUAAGCACAAUGCCUGUGCCAACGCAGCAAAAGAAAAGGCAGCCAGGUAUCGGCAUCGCAAACUACACUAGAAAAGACAACAAUGUUUUUCAAACACGCCAUCUGUAAAUAUUGCUGAAAGCAUGUAUAGUUAAAACUGAUUACAUCAAUAGAACAAGUUUUAGU